GCGUAUAGACUGCCAACCAUAGACUACCUAGUUGUAGUAGAGGUGUAGAAGUUCCGUCUGUCAAACAAACCUUUUCUUUUCUGACCCAACCAAGAUGGGUAUCAGUCGUGAUCACUGGCAUAAACGGAGAGCAACGGGCGGCAAACGCGCGCCCAUCCGUAAGAAGAGGAAGUAUGAGUUGGGUCGCCCGGCUGCCAACACCAAGCUCGGUCCCCAGCGCAUUCACUUGGUGCGCUCUCGCGGUGGCAACACGAAGUACCGUGCCCUGCGCCUUGACACUGGAAAUUUCUCAUGGGGAUCAGAAUGCUCCACCCGCAAGUCCCGUAUCAUUGAUGUAGUGUACAAUGCAUCCAACAAUGAGUUGGUGCGUACCAAGACAUUGGUGAAGAACGCCAUCGUUGUGGUGGAUGCUACCCCCUUCAGGCAGUGGUAUGAGUCUCACUACCUGCUGCCACUUGGAAGGAAGAAGGGUGCCAAACUGACGGAGGCAGAAGAUGCCAUUAUUAACAAGAAGCGCAGCCAGAAAACUGCCAAGAAAUACCUGGCAAGGCAGCGCCUCUCCAAGGUUGAGGGACCACUGGAGGAGCAAUUCCAUACUGGACGUUUGUUAGCGUGUGUGGCUAGCCGGCCAGGACAGUGCGGCCGUGCUGACGGCUACAUUCUGGAAGGCAAGGAGCUCGAGUUCUACUUAAGAAAGAUCAAAUCCAAGAGGGCGAAGUGAGAAGUGUAAUGUAAAAAUAAACUUAAAAAAUA